AUGGAUCCCGUUGAUCCAACGGCCCCAUUCUGGCUUGAUUUGCAUGUUAAGUAUCCCAGGGCCAAGAUUAUCUUGACUGUGCGAGAUGCCGAUAGUUGGUACAUAUUGGCCAAGAACACCAUUGCUUCCUACCAACAGCAUAGCGACAACCAGGCGGAUCCAAAUCAUCCUUGUUUUAAAAUGGCUCCUAUGGCUCAGGUAACAUGUCUGGAUGGCCGUCUAAAGGAUGCAGAAGUGUUUUCAAGACAGCAAGAGAUGAAGCAGGUUUUCUUGAAUUACAACGAACAAGUCAAGCGUGUAGUUCCUGCAGAUCAGUUGUUCGUGAUGGAACUAGGUGAAGGCUAG